CCGAGUAUUUGCUUCAAGAUAAUAAGACUGGAAACUUUUCAAUCCCAGAUCUCCAACACUUGGUAAUUGCUUAGUGAUGCAUAGAAUAUCCUAUACAUGGCUUGAACCCUUCAUAUAGGCAAGCCCUUAAUUUCUUUUUCUGUACCCCACGGUGAACAAUUCCUGGCCUGUUUGACUGUUCUCGCUUCCCCUCAAUGGCUGCGGUCAGAUGAAAGCUUCAUUUCUAUAUCACAUCCUCUACCAGUUAUACAAUCGGACUCACAUUCGCUAUCCGCCAUGAACUUGAAGCAAGUUUUUUUAAUUUCCAUUUUGACCACCACCACCGCUGCCACUGCUUCCGCGGACAACCCUGUCAGCAGCUCCACUGAGACCCCUAAUAUUGAUGCUUGCUCUCUGAGCACUGCCUGUAUCAAGUAUAACAAUAUCCGGACAACCUCCUGUUUUGUUAAUAACUCCGACCUUAGCUAUGUUGCGCCAUUAUUCUUUACUUGUUUGUGUGGCCUUUCCGACGAAGAGUACUGGAACGAUGCCUGGACAUGUAUUCAGUGUAAGGGCGCUGUAAACAGUCGGACUGGCUCCACCCAAGCUGAGUAUAAGGCUCGCUACUGCAGUGAUGUAACUGGUUUGUAUCCAGGAUAUGAUGUCGGCCACUUCACCUCUUCUGGUACGGUGUACUUCGGCUACCUCUCUAACGGUCAGGGUGUCCCAGCCACUAUUGCCGAGGAAAAUAAUGGUGAUAUUGGUACUCAAUUUGAUAUUGGUACUCCUUACAGUCCCUCUGAACUUUCAACUGUCUCUCUCAGCAGAUUUGACAGUAGUGCUACCGGGGCCGCCGAAGAAAUGUACUGCGAUAUGUUUAGCAAAGUUAUAUAUUAUGUUGCCGACGGAACCAACUGUACGACUAAUAGCGACAUCCAGUCCCUUUACGCUGAAUCAUUGGUAUGGACUUGUUUGUGUGCCCUUUCUGACGAAGAAUUCUGGAACAGCUACUGGAUCAAUACCCAGUGUUAUUCUGGUGGUAGAGCGCCUUACUCUACCCAGGCUGAGAUGAAGGCUUACUACUGCAGUGACAUAACUGGUUUGUACUCAGGCUAUGAUGUCGGCUAUUUCACCUCUUCUAGCUCCGUGUACUUUGGCUAUCUCACUGAUGGACAGGGUAUUCCUGCCUCCGAUUUCGAAGCGAACAACAUUUUUUCCGGAACUCAGAUUUCUACUGGUGAUGUAUCAGGUGCUUCAGGUACCUCUGCAAGUACUGCUGUAGUUAGCUCUUCCGCUGGGGCUUACACUGGUACUCUGGGUACCUCUACCUCCGGAGCCACUUCUGUUGCCACAUCUGCUGUUUCCAAAGCUUCCUCCACAACCUUUAAGGCUUCUUCGGCAGCCUCUUCCAAAGCAGCCUCCUCCUCCACCAAAGCCUCCUCUUCCAAAGCUGAUGCUGCCAAGACUGUUGCUGCUGCUAUCGGCGGUAUCAUUAGCUCUGUUCUUCUCCUUUUGCAAGUUUUAUAGCUUUGGCAUCCUAGAGUAACUUUGAUAAAUUUGUUUUAUUCUUAUAGAUGAG